UAUAACACAACCUGAAUUUGAGCAUAUCAUUGAAUUAUCAUAACAUAGUUUGAAAUGGCAACAGAAGGUAAAGUAGUAGAGCAUCCUAAGAAGGCCUUUGGAUGGGCAGCUAGAGAUCCUUCUGGUGUUCUCUCCCCAUUCAAUUUCUCUAGAAGGGAAACUGGUGAAAAAGAUGUAGCAUUCAAGGUGUUGUAUUGUGGGAUAUGUCACUCUGAUCUCCAUAUGGCUAAGAAUGAAUGGGGCACUUCCUUCUAUCCACUUGUUCCUGGGCAUGAGCUUGCGGGUAUAGUAACAGAAGUAGGAAGCAAAGUGGAGAAGUUUAAAGUUGGAGACAAAGUAGGUGUUGGCUACUUGAUUGAUUCAUGUCGAUCAUGCCAAGAUUGUAAUGACAAUCUUGAGAAUUACUGCCCCAAAUUUGUAGUCACAUGUGGUGCCAAGUAUCGUGAUGGAACCGUCACUUAUGGAGGUUACUCCGACUCAAUGGUUGCAGACGAGCACUUUGUGAUUCGCAUUCCUGACAACAUACCUCUUGAAUUUGCUGGUCCUCUCCUUUGUGCUGGUGUCACCGUAUAUAGUCCUCUUCGAUUUUUUGGACUCGAUAAGCCUGGUUUACAUAUAGGUGUUGUUGGUCUUGGUGGACUUGGCCAUAUGGCUGUGAAAUUUGCCAAAGCUUUCGGUGCUAAUGUUACCGUAAUUAGUACAUCGCCUAACAAAGAAAAGGAAGCAAUAGAACACUUAGGAGCUGAUUCAUUUCUGAUAAGUAGUGACCCAAAGCAGAUUCAGGGUGCAAUUGGUACUUUGGAUGGUAUUAUUGACACAGUUUCAGCUGUUCAUCCUCUCUUACCAAUGAUUGGUCUCUUGAAGUCUCAUGGAAAGCUUAUAAUGCUUGGUGUAAUAGUACAGCCUUUGCAGCUUCCUGAAUAUACGUUAAUUCAAGGGAGAAAAAUAUUAGCUGGAAGUCAAGUUGGAGGGUUAAAGGAGACUCAAGAAAUGAUUAAUUUUGCGGCAGAACACAAUGUAAAGCCGGAUAUCGAGGUUGUUCCGAUUGAUUAUGUCAACACAGCAAUGCAGCGUCUUGCUAAGGGAGACGUGAAAUAUCGAUUUGUGAUUGAUAUUGGAAACACACUGAAACCAAGCUCUUGAACUUUGCAGGAUACAUUAGCAUGAUUCACGGGUUAACAAAUAAUUUAACAAAAACAUGAGCUUAAGUGUAUCACUUGCCAAGGAUAAUUUAGAUUUCCAUCGUUAUUGUAAUGUUGUUAUGCAAUUUUCUAUGUCCUGUGCUUAAUGUUAAUCAUGCUAUUUUUAAUAAAAAAUUCUUUUGCUUUUAAUA